CUAACUUCAGUGUGAGUCGCCCCAUGUCAGGAGAUUUUUUUUCUUCAACCUACUCGCAAUCGCAUUGUAAUCUGUAGCGCAUUAUUAAGUGCAAAUAUUCAUAUGCGUUCUUAAAUUAGAGAAAAAAGACAACUCUGAUUAUUUGUUACGGAAAAGUGAGCAAGCAAGUACCUAAGACUCGUCGUUUUUUAAUUUAAACUCGGGCGAGAACGGGAAAUCGUCAAGGAUGAUCGAUCUCACGGUGAAGACGUUGGAUUCACAGAAUCACGCAUUCUCUCUGGCGGACGAUAUUACCAUUCGGGAGUUCAAAGAACACAUAGCAGCAACGGUCAACGUUGCAGCUGAUUCCCAGAGACUCAUUUAUUGCGGCAGAGUUCUUCAGGAUGAAAAACAUCUCAGCGAUUAUGAUGUCAACGGAAAAGUUAUACAUUUGGUACAUCGAGCACCUCCUCAAUCUGCUCAACGUGGGAACGGCAGUAGCCAAUCGCACGGACAAGGUCAGGGACAAAAUGACCAGGAUCAGAAUCGAAGACAUACGUUUAGACAGGCGAGAGCUCAAUUUCAUGGCAAUCCAAUGUAUCUAGGAUCAAUAUCCAUUCCAGCUGAAGUUGUUGAAGGACAUGAAUCGCCGCUACCACAGUUGAGCAUCACGCUGACCGAUAGCCGAAUAAUGACGGCGCGACGUAUGCUGAACGAAGCAAAUUUGGUAUUGGAUCGGCUCGAGAAUGAAACGAGUGUCGGACGAGGCUCUGCGAGUGGAACUAACACUGCAGAUCGUACAGAUGGAACAGUCGCAGGGGAAUCUUCUACAUCAGAUUUUAGUGCUUCUGAAAACGACGUAACAUCCGCCAGUGAUAGAGAUUCCGAAGUACUACAAAGUAUUUCAGAAUUCCUAGCUCGGCGUAAUUGGCUUGCACCCGAUGACGCGACCUCGAUUCACUCAAACGUCGCUUAUCAAACAGCCGUUGGAUUUUAUCGAGCGGUCAGGAAUGCACCGAACAACGAGAGAGCAGCGAGCAACGAUGGAGCUUCGGGUACCGACGUAUCGUCUCUGGCCGCUGAAACAACUGAUGAAAAUCAGUCGCAAUCCUCUCAAGAUCAACAACAAUCUCCACCACAGGAGAGGGCUACCGCGGGUACCGAUCGAUCAGAAAAUAACCGCGCGUCCGGAGACACUCCAAGGACCAUGUCGAUGGCAGCGCUACUGAGAACGCUAAUGGACACGGAGGAUAGACUUCGUCCUCUCUUAUUGCUUUAUCGACAGCUCAUGUUGACUGACCCCGUAAUACCCACGGAAAUGAUUGGUACAAACGGAAAUCAAAUUAGCCUUCUCGAGCAAAAUCAACGUCUGGUCGAUUGCGUUAGCGAAUGUCUUCACUAUUUGGCUCACGCUAAUCACGCUCUGAGUGACAUAAUUGUUGAUCUGGGACAACAACCACCGAGAAAUUUGCGUUGUCGUCCUGUGCUUAUUCAACACUCUGCGAUACUGCAGGGCACGAUACCGAUCCAAGUCGAGGCUCACAUAAGCGUAGCCCGUAAUGAUGGAAGCCAGGGUGAAAACGGUGAAGAGACCAAUGGCGAAUCGACGAACAGGCCACCGACUUCGACAGCGGGUGCGCCACCACCGAGCACUCCGAUGCCAUCGGACACAGGAAGCGAACAAUCGGAAACGAUGUCUUCGACUCCUGCACAAUCGUCGGAACAACAGCAGCAGCAGCAGCAGCAGCAGCAACAACAACAACAACAACAACAACAACAACAACAAACGCAUCAUCACCCGCAGGUUAAUUCGACAAUCGGUGCAAUAUUCAAUCUAAGAAACAACAUGGAAGUUUUGAUGGAAAUGGCACCUCCCGAGAGCGGAGGUGGAAUAACCGUUAACGGAGUUGGUGCAACUGCUACUGACCAAGCUCAAAAUAAUGGCAGUAAUAAUAACAACAAUGUUAACAUCAACAACAAUGCUCCUGGGGCAAGCGGAAUAGCUGGGAUUAUUCCAUGGGGUCCUGCUGCACCACCCGGUCUCAUUCACAAUUUAAUGAACGCUGUUGCUGGUUAUAUAGCACAAAGUGCUGGAAACGCAGCUACCGCUGCUAACGUCUCUGUAUCAUCAUCGACGCCCACAACUUCAUCCCCAGGUGCUUGUUCAAGACGAAGAAUCGUGACGGAGACUACCAGGCGUGCCUCUCGAACUCCCGGUCAAAGCACACAAGCCAGGAGCAACGUUGGCACGCACCCAACAACAUCGACUCAAACACGCAGUACAUCCCGGCCUCAUGUCUUUCAUUCGCAUACUCACCCACUUGGCGUGGGUGUAGGUAUGGGACAUAAUAUGGAUUUCGACAUGCUUUUACCGUGCAAUUCGCAUCACAUACGUAGAUCACAACCAAGUGCAACGCCAAAUAACAGCACUGCUACGUCGUCGCCUCAACAGACCAGUCAACCUAGCCAUACUUCAACGCCGAAUGGAGUCGUUCCACCCCAAUCGGAAAGCUCAACAACGCUCGGGGAAAAUGUUUUUAACGCCACGUCAGGCAGACCUGCGACGGAUGUUCGAUUACGAGAUCAAAUAGCUAAGCUGCGACGAUCUGACGGAACGGAAUCUGAUAAUGCCGUCACUCUUGAAGAAUUGCUUUUGUCUCGAGGAAUUAAUGUGUGUCCAGGAUCAUUGCCUGGCUCUUUACUGGGGCAACUUUAUACAGCAUGUGCUAAAAUCGAGCUCAGCGAAUGGUACACCUUAAUAAAUAAUGGGAAAUUCAAUCGUGAAGACACCUGGCGUCGACUCAGACCCCAAUUGACGAACUUAAUAUCGCGCAGCGGAGAAUUUCCGUUAACAUUUGCGCAACGGAUGUUAUUAGAGAUUGAAGUAUAUCUCCGCAAUACUUGCGGCUUCGGUGAUGCCUUACCUAUUGACGAUAGUCAAUGGACGGGACAGGACGUCAAUAUGAGAAAUCUAAUCGGAGAAUUUCUGGGAGAGGUUGAAACUUAUGUGGAAAACAAUGAGGGCACGGCGGAUGAAGAAUGGGGCACCAAUUUGAUCGAAAUCGUUCAACGUUAUGCGCGCAAAAUAUGCAAUGCAUUCCGUAGCAACCCGAAAUGGAAACAGGCGGGGUUGGAAAUGUUUAUUCGCAGAUUCGCUGUGCGUGCAUCGUACAGUCAACAUCCAGAGCUCCGAGAGUGGAUCGUUCAGACCGUGGCCCAGUGGUUCUGUGAAUAUUCCCAACCGCGGGAGGGUGAACUCGAAGCGGAAAAUAGUCGAAUCGACGAAGCUCGGGCAACGCCUAUUUUCGAGGACAUCGCCGGUAUCCUGAGAACGCAUGUGAUUCCACCACAGCCGGAACCCGAGCCGAUGGAAACUGAGGAGGCAAGUAGAGCCAGAGUAAUAAAUGAUCCGUUGGAUGUAGAUGACGGUGAACAAGUCCCGACAAGCUUUCCCGGCCACGAACAACUUUUACCGGAAUGGGUACCGAUAAUAGCGCGUGACGGUAUUCGCCAAAGACGGCAGUUACAGUUGCAAGGUGAAGGAAUGACGGGAUUCAGUGAUGCUUACUUGGAGGGUCUGCCGACAAAGCGUCGAAAAUUGGUGGAGCGUUUGAAGCCUCGUUUGUUGGUGAAUUCAACGCCGAAUCAGUCGUUGAUAUCAGCUUCGGUGGAACGUCUCGUAAGAGAAAGUGUUUUUGGGGCAAGCGUUGAAGAAGCUGAUGGUUCUGCGGCGGCGGUUGCGGCUGACCCAGGGGUCAGACGAGCCUUUGGUCAGGCUAUACGCGAAUGCCUCAAUCCUCGGAGACUUCAAUCUCCAAUUUUCCCGGACGCGAGACGUUUCCCAAACGCGACGAACUAUUUUGCAGACAAGGAUGAACCCGGCAAACAAUGAAAUUGACUGGGUCGAAGGAGUCACUGAAUGACAGCAAGAAAAUAUGAAACUCCUGUCGUAUUGAAAUUUGCUGAACGUUGACAUUUUUAUCGUUCCGAUGCAGUGACAUUUCUUUGUCAAUAAAUAUUUCUCAAAACUUUUAUGCAAACUCAAGGAACAACGUUCUUCGAAUCUACUCGAGAUUUUUCUUUGAAUGCAACCAAUUGCGAACGUAAUUUUUCCUCAUUAUAAAACCAAGGAAAAAUAAUAACGAAAUUUCCACUGCAUCGUUGGGAUGCAAGAGAAUAUUCUAUAAGUUUUUCAUCAUUUAUCGAUUAGUUUCCUUAUUUAUUUAGUCGCCAGCAUAUGCCCGAUUCAGUUAAAGCGUUUACUAAAUUCAUUUAAACACUAUUUCGAAUCAUUUUCGAAACUGAAAUUUGUCUAGGGAUAAUGGGAGGAAUUUGAAUGUUUCCUACCCAAAAAAUCGUUGCAAAUUUCAACAGGAUGGAAUAAGGCGAUAUAUAAAUAUGAAAUUAUGUAUUCGUGGCAAAAAGACGAUAGCUCGGUACGAGGAUGGGAUAACAAUAAUAACAAUAUUAAUAUGUAAUGAUAACAUACAAAUUAUCAUUGAGGGAAACAUCGAUGCAAAAGCAACAUUGAAAUUCACAUUGUUGCAGAGAGCAAGAUUAAUCUUUUCUUCCUUAGAUUUUUAACUUUAGAAAUUGUCAUAAUAUUUUGCAGAUAUUCUCUGCACAUACGCGAAAAAGUCUAAAUGGUUUCAACAAUUUAUGUAGCUCAAAUCCGUGGAAAAAAGUGAAUUGAAAAAAAAAAAACAAACAUCGCUGAAUUGCACCGAUGCAAUGAUCGAUAUCGUUCCGCGUAAAGAGAAUCCUUUUUGGGAUAGCUAUUUAUCAUUAAAUCUAGCCGAAAUAUUAAGCUUUUCAACGCACCAUUGUACCAUGUAUUGAAAUUAGCGAUGGAAGGCUCGAAAAUGCUUGGGAUUGUACGUAAAAAAAAGCGUGAGGGGUCUCAGCGUCUUUACCGUAAUUUUGGAUAAAAAUAUGUAAAAUGUUCAGUGACGGGGAGACGAUAAAAUCAAAACUUGGUUCCUUCGCAACACUCCAUACUUGUCUUCGUUUUCGUUCUUCUCCUUCCAUUAUUUUUAUCAAUUUUAUGCUCUCCGAGGACCGCAACUUUCGAUCUUCUUUGGUCGAUGUCAUUCUGUCCUUCUUUUUAAUUUAGAUUCGAACAGUCCGACAGAUUGAGCUCAACUGUGAAAUUUGAUUUUUUAUUUAUGAAAAUAAAAGUUUAUACACUUUUACAGA